UUCCUGCAGGGCGGGCGUGGACAUCAAUUCAAAGUGAAAUUCAGCCACAAAGACAUCGAAUACACUGUUGGUUGUGAUCAACAUUGCACAGUGCUGGAGGGAAUACAAACAAAACAGAAAUACAAACAGCUGAAUAGUCCAGAUAUAAACUUUGUCAUUCAGAUGGGAAAAGUAGAUGAUUGUAUUGUUGCAACUCAUUUCCCUUCCUCUUGUGUCCCCCGUGGUGAGGUUCUGACCAUAUCACCUGAGUCUGAAACGGUCGAAGAUGCCAAAAACCAACCUGCCAUAGCAAAACAUUCUAUAGACAGAUAUUCUGUUUUCUACAUUGAUACAGUCGGAGGAAAAAACGCCAAAACAAAGAAGCUUUUUCGAAAUAAUGCUGUCAAAAAGUUCAAGUAUCUUUGUGUUUAUGGGGAGAAGGGGAUGACGGUGGAAGAGGCUCUGAAAAGAGACGGUCGCUUCAGUGAUCUCUGCAACUUCACUUUGUCUGACAAUGACAAUCCAAAGUGCCUCACUGAAUGUAAAGACGAUGUUGACAGUUUAAAUGAAAAAAAAUUCAAGAUAUGUCUUCCACUGAACAAGACAGCAAAUGAUAAAAAACAGCAGGCAAUCACAGGUGCAUCAAGUAAUCCACAGAACAGGCGCCUUACAAGAUCAACAUCGGUCCUAAAUGUAGUACAUCAGAGAGGAAACAGUGUCAGGGCAGCAGUGAAAGAGAGUAGCAACAGUGGUGACACUGGUGAGUGUAAUCAGUUUCCAGCUCUGAAAGAAUUGAUGCAGAGCAGAUUCCCUGGCGAUUCUUACCAGAAAGCAGUAGAGCUGAGGAAGGAAAACUUUGGAAAGAUCCAACAGUCAUUCAGUGAAGUGCACAGAGUGAGGAAGCUGCUGGAACUGGGAAGGUCAGUCUGCAAAGUGAUUGUUAAGGAUGUACGUGAGGGCACAGGCUUUGUGCUGUUUGACAACUUCAUCUUGACUAACGCACAUCUAUUUGAAGGUUGUGUUGAAGGAGAAACACUGAAGGAGGGUGUGGAGGUGUCUGCUCUCUUCAACUAUGACAAUCCUCAGCCAGACACAGACUUUUACUCCUUCCAGCUAGCUAACUCUUACAUCUGCUUCAAAGAGGAUGAUCUUGACUAUGCUGUACUUGAGCUCAACACUGAGGGUCAGAGGGUGUCCAACCAUAAAACCCAAACAGAGAAAAUUAAGAUACCACCAGGGCUCCUGAAAUACGUUGGUCCAAUGCCUCAGAAUGGUGAAGCCUGUCUUAUCGGUCAUCCAAGAGGAGAAAUAAAAAAAAUGGAUCCCACAUGUAUCAUUGAGAAAGAGAAGAGGGGGCAGGCUGUCGAUGAUCAUUUACAUCCAUACAGAGACAGUCUUUUCGUUCUGCACUCAAUCAGUCACCUCAUCAGAGAGCGAGGCAUUGAAAACAUAAUGACUGGUGGGAAAUUGGAAGAAAAAAGGUCAACCUACGACACUUUCAUGUACCAUGGCUCCUCAGGCUCUCCAGUGUUUGAUGCUCAGUGCAAAGUCUUUGGUUUGCACACUGGAGGAUACGUCUAUGGGUUUCCAAAACAUGAGGAGAGUGUGAUAGAGUUCGCCCAACCACUGUGUGCUAUACUGAAACACUUUGUGAAAGCACAUGGAAAUGAAGACUUGUUAAAGAGAUUUGAGGAGGCAGCAAAGGAAAACUCAGACCUACAAGAAGUCCUUCAGUCUGUAUCUGAAGAACAGGAAGUCGAGGUUGAGCCAGCAGACACUGGAAACUGCUGAGACUCUUCUGAACCAAUGGACACUGAUUAAACAUUCAGAGAGUCCACGGACGAGUGUGGAAGCACACCUGGCUGCACAGGUUGAUGUUUCUAGUUCAUGAAAUGGUUAUUUUUGAUAAGUCAUUUUAUUUAAUUACAGCGAGGGUAAAUGCUUUUAAGUGUAUUUUAGGGGCGGUGAGCUGGAUGCCAGCAUGCUUGUUGUUUACUGUAAUUAUAAUCAUCCACUGUGGUGGGUGUAGUUUUUUAUUUAAAAAAAUAUAUAUCUCAUACCCCAUCACACUGAACAAAAACCCCUCUAAUGCCUACUAACAUCUGGGGGCAUUUACCAGCUCUGAUUGGCUCUUCCCCUUUUUCAGACACAAAGAAGUGAAAGAUAUUUAAGAAAGUAACCACGUUACAGUCUCAGUGUCAGUUCUGUGCUACUACACGAGCAUUGUAGGCUGCCUGACUGGUACUGUGCAUGUGCAACUCUCAACAGAGAUGAGAUAGAAUGGAUCCCUCCCUGAGCAACGUCCAACAUCGGCUUCAGAGAAAAAACAAUGUGUCUUAUUGAGAAUGUUAUUGAGACUCUGUGAAUCAAGUUUAAUGUCCUCUGGAUGUCGUCUAUGAUCGGAUGCUUUCCUUGUUUUAAGUGUGAUAGUGUUUCUACUGUUAGCGUUACUUUUGGUGUUUUUUGUAGACAAGCUAAUUUCAGUGUAAACAUGGUUUUUGUUGCUUUUAUAGCAUUGCUGCUGUAGUCCAGCCUUCCUUAAGAAGCUGGUCUACUAUUAUCACAACUAUCUACCUUAACUAUUGUUUUGUGACUUGGUUUAGACAAUAAGUGAAACUGAACUGGGCCGGACUUGGCUCUAAAACUGAUUCUGCACUUUCAUGGUCAGUAAUUUUAUGUUAGACAUUCUAGAUUUAGGGAUUCUGUUUUCACUGUUUAGGAUUAGAUGGUGAGGCUUUACUUUCAGAUUUGGUUUAUUUUAAGAAUAGUUAGCUCUUGGUUUUGGUUUUGUUUUUGUUUUUUUUAUCGUAGUACUAAUUAAAACUUGUUUGGUUCUCUUCAAAAUCUGUUCCCUGUCAUUGUUUUUUUCCCCAUAAAGUCAUAUUAUUGUUCCCAACAUUUUCUCUUCUCAGUCUAGACAAAGGGUUGCAACACUGUCUUGACCAGUUCAGUUUUAUCCGUGUCUCUUUGGUGCAGGUGCAGUAAGAUUUAUAUUUUCCCAUUACACUUGAGUUCACUAUAAAAUCUCCAUAAUCUGCCAUGUAAAAUCGAAAAGCAUGUGAUGUCAGCGGUCUGAUGUGAGUAUUAAAUAAUGAGUCAAGCAAAUACAAACAAAAAUGUUUGAGAGAGAAGCUACUUGAAGUCUGGUAAAGAGAUGAUGUGCUAUACAAAGGCUUUAAAUAAAGUAUAUAUACUAAUGUCACAUUCCAACAAAACUGUGGUAACCACCCUCUAAAAAGUUUUUUUUGGACCUUUCUCUUGUCAAGACUGCUGCUAAAAUUGACUUUUAAUUCAUUAAACGUUGUAACUUCA